AUGCAUUUUCGGGAGAAAUCAGUUCUUCUUCUGGAAUUAAUCAACCGAUGCAGCUCUCUUCGCGUUUUCAAACAGAUACAAACUCACUUGAUUUCUCGUGAUCUUCUUCGUGAUGAGUUAUUCGUCAACAAAGUCGUGACCUUUUUGGGUAAAUCUUCAGAUUUCGCGUCUUACGGUUGUGUAAUUCUUCAUAGAAUCUGUCGUCAUUUGAGCUCUUUUCCGUACAACACGCUCUUAUCAAGCUACGCAGUCUGCGAUAACCCGAGUGUGACGAUUCUUGUUUAUCGAACGUUUGUGAGGAACGGGUUUUUACCGGACAUGUACACGUUUCCUCCAGUUUUCAAGGCGUGUGGAAAGUUUUCAGGGAUCGGAGAAGGGAAACAGAUCCAUGGAGUUGUCACGAGGAUGGGUUUUUGUGAUGAUGUAUAUGUGGGAAACUCGCUUGUUCAUUUCUAUGGUUUGUGUGGAGAUUCAGGUGGUGCAUGUAAAGCGUUCGAUGAAAUGCCUGUGAGAGAUUUAGUUUCGUGGACUGGUAUUAUAUCUGGUUUUACGAGGAUUGGUUGUAAUAAGGAAGCUUUGCGUAUGUUUUCGAAGAUGGAUAUUGAGCCUAAUUUGGCUACUUAUGUUUGUGCGUUGGUGGCUAGUGGACGAGUAGGGUGUUUGAGUUUAGGGAAAGGAAUCCAUGGAUUGAUCUUGAAGAAGGCAUAUUUGAUUAGCUUAGAGACUGGUAAUGCUCUUAUAGAUAUGUAUGUGAAAUGUGAGCAAUUGUGCGAUGCGAAGAGAAUCUUUGGUGAUAUGCAAAAGAAAGAUAAAGUUUCUUGGAAUAGUAUGAUUAGUGGAUUGGUUCAAUGUAAGAGGUCUCACGAGGCAAUUGAGUUGUUUUCUCUGAUGCAAACGUCUUCGGGUAUAAAACCGGAUGGGCAUAUACUUACAAGUGUUCUCUCUGCGUGUGCUAACUUAGGAGUUGUGGAUUACGGAAGAUGGGUUCACGAGUAUGUUGUCAAUGCUGGAAUAAAAUGGGAUACGCAUAUUGGAACCGCGAUAGUCGAUAUGUACGCGAAAUGUGGCUACAUGGAAACAGCUUUGGAGAUUUUCAACGGAAUCAGAAGCAAAAACGUGUAUACUUGGAAUGCUCUGUUAACCGGUUUAGCUAUCCAUGGUCAUGGACAUGAAUCACUUAUACGUUUCGAAGAAAUGGUUAAGCUCGGUUUCAAGCCUAACGAGGUAACUUUUCUUGCGGUUUUGAACGCUUGUUGCCACACGGGUUUAGUCGAUGAAGGUAGAAGAUAUUUCCAUAAAAUGAAAACAAGAGAAUACAAUCUAUCUCCUAAGCUAGAACACUAUGGAUGCUUGAUUGAUUUGCUUUGUAGAGCUGGAUUGUUAGAUGAAGCAUUGGAGACUGUUAAAACGAUGCCGUUUAAACCAGAUGUGCUUAUAUGUGGAGCUAUUCUUAGUGCUUGUAAGAGUAGAGAGACAUUAAUAGAGCUUCCUAAAGAGAUAUUAGAUAGUUUUUUAGAUAUGGAAUUUGAAGAUUGUGGUGUUUAUGUGUUACUAUCAAACAUUUUUGCUGCUAAUAGAAGAUGGGAUGAUGUUGCUAAGAUUAGGAGGUUGAUGAAAGUUAAAGGUAUCUCGAAAGUUCCAGGAGCAAGUUCUAUAGGAGCUUUCUAA